ACAGGUUUGUCCCAGUGAUGCCUUCCGUCUCCUGCCCCACAGCAGUCACCACUGCCUCGCUCCCCAUGCUCCCCUCGGCCCUUUGCACUGGCUCGCAGACCCUCUCCGCUCUUUGCUCCCAACCAGACUGCAGGGUAUGUGUCUCCGACCCUUUCCAGCCUCUGUCACCCAACAUCAGCAGCUCCCACGGCCCCUCUCGCCAUGCACUUCGGUCCGAUGUCUCCCUCUUUGGACCCCUACUCUCUUCUUCAGUCUGUCAGCUAGCAGCCAGGUGGACCUCAGUGCUCCUAGCCAUUUGACCCAGCUGCACCCCCAGCAUCAGCGGAUCCUGACCCAGCGGCAGCAGCAGGGUGGGCAGGCGCAGAGCAUCUCUUCUGAGAAGCUGUGGUCUCCUAACACGGACCCUUAUGCUGGGCUGAUGACCUCCAAGGAUAAGGACUGGGUUGUCAAGGUGGAGAUGAUCCAGCUGCAGAGUGAAAACAUAGAUGAUGACUACUACUACCAGAUGUACUACCACCGGCUGGAGCAUAGACAGGCGGAGGAGGAGCUGCUUGGUGGGCGCAAUAAGCAGGAGCCUCUUAAGCUGGUCACGCCGUUCAUCCAGAAAGUGGAGACGUAUGACUCCGUGGUGCGCAUCGCUGGCUCUCUGGGCCAGGUUGCUGUGUCCACCUGCUACAGCCCUCGACGGGCCAUCGAUGCCGUGCACCAUGCCCUCGUGGAGGAGGCUGCAGGGAGCCAUCGGCUUCGCGCACUGCACCGGAUCGAGAAGCUGUUCCUGCUGUUGCUGGAAGUGGAGGAGACACAGCGGAAGAAUUCCAUGGCCUUGGAGGAGCAGCAGCCCUGCUGUCAGGAGCAGAAGAGCCAAGAAGUAGAGUGUAUCUACCAAGCCUUGAAAAUCAGGGCUUGCAGCAGCAAAGAGGAGGCAGAAGAUGAAUUCUUGCAACUCCUGUGUGUGCGGAAGGGCAAGAAACUCAUGGCCCGGCUCCUGCCCCACUUGACCCGGGAGCAAGCAGAGAAGAUCCUGCUGACCAUCACUCACCACCUGCCCUUCCUGAUGAAGAAGGACAUGUUGGAAGAGUCUCUCCCCCUGCUCUACAGCCCAUUGAACGAGGUGGUGGGCAGGAUGGCCUUCAGCAAACUCAUCGAGGUCCUGCAGGAGAUGACCAGACCUCUGCUUGAAUCCCCGGAGCUCCCUCUUACCAUGGCCUUGAAGAACCAGUUUGGGAUCUCCUUGCUCUACUCCCUGCUGAGCCACGGUGAGAAGCUGCUGUCCUCGGACGUGCCACUGGAGCCACGCCGUGGGGAUUUUGAGACCUGGACGGACAUGGUGUUCCUCGUUGCCCGUGAAUUAUCCCAAGUGCCCAAGGCCUCCUUAGUGGAGCCUCUCUUUUUACCCAGCAACCUUCUCUCGCUCUUCUGCCGCUACCUGGACAAGCAGACUGUCCACCACCUGGAAGCUAAGAUGGAGUGAGUACCGCCUGGCAUGGCUCCCUGCCUCUCCUGAGGAUCCCAGACAACACCUGGGGCUUCUCUCCCCUUGGAGACACCAGCCUUCAAGCAUCUGCCAGCCUGAGCUGACCCUUGCGGCUUUGCUGCUCCUCUGGUGCCGGUCAGCCUUGGCUGCUGGCAAGGCGAGGCUGACAGCCUUCUGCUCAAGCCUUGUUCUUUCCCGCAGGUGCUCCCCGCUGCCAUGCUGAGCCCUGGGAGCCGGGGAGGGGAGCUGUGGCCAGCAGAGCUGGGAAGAGUCAGGGCCUGAUGCUAUGACUUUGUGUUCCGAAGCAAACACUUACCCUGGUGCAGGGCACUCUGGGUGAAUGGGCACUGGCAGGGCUGGUGUUCCAGGGCUGAUGCUGCCCUGCCCCGGUGCCUGGAGCACAGCAUGGGGAGGGGGUAACUUAUUCCAGCCUCGUGCCUAGCAGCAGUGAGUGAUGGAUGAUGGCAGGUGUUGAGGCAGGGUCUGCACAGGGGCGCUGGGAGCACCUUGGGGGGGAGUGACUUUGUGUACAGCACUUGAAAUAAAA